AUGUUUAUAAAUACAACUUUUGAAAUUAACCACUCUGAUCUGUACAGAGAAAAAAAGUUAAAUUUAUUGUAUCUAAGCAGUCAGACAAACUAUGGCAAAAGUCGUGGUGGAUGUUAUCCACAUAAUGCAGUUAAUGUUGAGGAUGUUUAUGUGAUAAGAAGUAAACACAGUGGGGAACUGCUACCUGGAAAAUUAGUCCCGGAACAUGGAAGGUGUUACUGUCCCUAUGAUGGAAAAGAGCUGCAGUCAAAUGAUUAUGAAGUAUUGUGUGACAGUUCUGUUCCUGGUACUGUUAAAGGAUAUGGUUGGGAAGAAGCUAGUGGAGGACAUAUACCAAAAAAUGCAAUCGUUGCUGGAAUCGCUAAAGACGGUAGCCCAUUGUACGUGGUAAAGGGUUACGUCAAUGGAGAGUUAUGCAUUGGAAAGUUACACGAUGGUCAUCCAUGUGCUUAUUUACCAUGGGGUGGUAAAGAGAAUCGAGUUGAUGAAUAUGAUGUACUUGUUUGGAGGAAACAUUGA